CAGUGCUACGCAAGAGUGCAUUUCGGCGUCGGUAAUUCGUGUUGUUUAUUCGCAGUCAAUCAAUUUAUUCCAACCAAAAUUUACAGCAAACGGCUAUCUAAAUUGACCCCAAAUCACGACUUUUCGCCCUACGCCACGUAUGAAUAGUAUCUAGGAGGAUGUGAAAGGUUUUAAAGCAAGAAGAUUCGUAUAAAUUUGAUGGGCAUUCUUAGAUCGGUGGCACGGGUGAACAAGCCUUUGUUUCCUAAUGCUUUGAUGUUGUCUUCAUCGCUUUCACGGCAUCGCUUUCUGAGAUUAGGCUGACACAUGGCAAAAGAAACAAAGUAAGGCAAGGCUGGCUGUAACCCCAUUGAAAGGCAUAAUGUCUGGAGAAGAGGAUCUUGUUUGUGCUGUUGACUUCAAGUCAGGGAAAAUCCUGUACUACUUCAACCCCAAAACAGGAGAGAAGAAACUUGUUGAAGAGAAAAUCAAAGAUGAUCAAAAAGACUUAGAAAAUUCACCUUCGCCAGGACUUCAUGGCUCCAUGGCUUUACAAAAUGCACAAAAUCAACCUCAAAAGGCGCUGCCUGUUGAGUCAGCCCCAGAAUCAUUAGCUAGCCUAUCCACAGGUAACCCAUCAAAUCCCCCCCAGCUUCCCCCCGUAGUUCUUCCGGCACAGGCUAUGGGAACUUCACACAGCUGCAAAGGAAGGUCGACAAAUUGUGAAGAAUGUAAACGAAACUUUGCCGAAUCCCUCAACCGAAUAAACCAGCAGUUCCUGGAAAAGACGUUAUUAUCUAAGACAGUGAAAAUCUUCACUUGUGAUCAUUGCGGGGUAAACUUCCUGGACAAAAGAACUCUUAACAAACACCGCUUGAACCAUGAAUUCCAGAUAGAACGAGAAUUGACGCGAUGGAAGAGUCAAUCCAAGAAAAAUACUGUGAGGAAGCGAGCUGUAAAGACAACCGCCCUGAAGGAUUUCCUGGAAAAAGUGCAGAGUUCAAGAAAUGGGACUGAUGGGCAUUAUGGAGCCGAGGUGGUCGCGUCCUACGAUGGGACAGCUCUUAGAAUUGAAAAAGAGGAGACUAGAUUUAAUCAAGAUAUAGUUUCACACAAUGAAUUGCGUUUUCAUAUCGAAAGAGAAACAGAGCCCAGCUCGCAGCUAGAGAAUCGUGCACAGAACGGUAUCAAACAUGACGAAGCCGGUGAUGUUGUUAUCACAAAGACAUUAGGAGUUGACAUACAAACAGAAAGAAAACCGUUAUCACAUUCUGUAUCGCCACAGAUGACAAACGAAAGCUCUCGGAUAGAUUCUAGGUGUUUAGAGCGAUACCCAGUUGCAGCGAAAAAGACGUCCAGAGGUGCGAACCAGGAGUUUAUCCUCGCAAAAACGGUCGAAGCAAUUUUGGAAGAAGCCAGAAGAGAGCAAACCAAACCGCAAGCUGAAGCCUUGCACCAUAAAGCAGCUAACUCAAAAGAGUCUCCUAUUAUACUAAACGCGUUCUCACUGGCUAGUCCCCUAACUUCUGAUGAGAUGAAAACACAUAACAUCGCACAAAAUGUUAGGUCUAAUCUUAACCAUAUUGUACCGGUCUUCACACAGUACUCAUCGACCAACACACCAUCGCCUCCUUUCGUUAACACUGCAGUCUCUACUUCAUCUGGUGCGUCCGGUCUUGCAGGAACCAGAGGGCCUGCAACUAAUGCAAACUUUGUUCCACCUGUUAUACCGGAAAGACCAAUUCACACAGAACAGGUUCCUAGUGGUGCGUUACCAUCUGGACAACAAGACCCGUCCAUAGCUUGCGAAGAGGAGGGUUCAAAAUCCCCACACCAGGUACCCGGCCUUAUGUCGGCCCUUCCAAAACACCAUCACCAUUCCGCCAGCUCUUCUAGGUCCACAGACGACUGCACGGAAUGUAACCGAAGUUUUCAAGAGUUGCUAGAAAAGCUGAACCAAUCUGACAACGGGCCAUCAAAACCUAAGAAGAAAGCUAAACUCCCAUACCUAACUUCAGAAAACAAUGUUUUAAAAAAUGAACUAAAAGCAACCGUGAAUUUGACCAAAGUGUCAAUACCUUACUUAGGAAAUAGCACAGAGCGAUCUGUACUCUCUGAAGGUGAUAAACAUGUCAAUCCCGAUCAAUCAAACCAAAGGGAUUCAACCAGUAAUUUGGUGCCAGAAAAAAUAAUUCAAAAUAAACAAAUAGGACAGCAGUUACCUAGGAAUCAAGAGUCAAAGCCUGAUAUAGGAACUACUUUUAAUAACCAUGUGAUUAUUGUGGACGAUUCAGAGCGUUUACCAGAAGUAAUAGAAUAUGGAAGUAAAGGAAAAUCUGGGCCAUACGAGGUGAGAAAUCCAUCACAUUGUCAUUUUCAAAACAACGAGUGCACUAAGUUGACAGCAAAAACCUUAUUCGAGGCAGAGACUACUAAAAAUGCGACAACACUAAAUGAGAACCAGACUAAUGUAGAAGACAAAGGAAACUCCCCAAAAGCUAUCCCAGACGGAAUUAUCUCCAACGUAUUGAAUAAAAUUCCCGCCCCCACCCCCCACAGUCACUCACAUGACGGAGGCCUAAUCACAGACUGCGAGGAGUGCAAGAUGUCGUUCUCUCAUUCUCUGGACCAGCUGAGCCAAAAACUACUGGUAGAAACUAUGAAUGCUAGAUCCCUCAUUUUUGCCUGCGACUUGUGUGAUGAAAAAUUCGUAGAGCGACGUCAGUUCAACAAACAUCGGCAGCUCAAGCACGCAGAUACACCGUUCCACUGCCAUGGCUGUGACCGACAGUUCACUACCCGCCGUGCCUUAAACAUUCACUUUCGCGUCCAUACUGAAGAGCACUACUUUCAAUGCGAAGAGUGCCCCAGAAAAUGCGACAGCGAGGAGACCUUUCUAAUGCACAUGCGCUUGCACGAGGGGUCCUUUAAGUGUCCGAAGUGUCCCAUGACAUUCCCGCGACGAUCGCGACUAGCCGUUCACGUGCGCACGCACUCCGACAAGGUCUUCCAAUGCGAUCAGUGUGGAAAGAGUUUUCGCCACUCACGAAGUCUUGCUCGGCACGAGCUACUUCAUAGCGGUCAGCGACCAUACCGGUGCACGGAACCGGAAUGUGAACAGUCAUUCGGACGUCAAGAUCACCUGACAGACCAUCUGCGCACUCAUACUGGUGAGCGGCCAUUUCAGUGCCCGCAUUGCAGCAAGACGUUUCGCCAAUCGGGCGUGAUGAACAGACAUGUGCGAAGCGCGCACGAGGAGGGGGUCGGUGAGGAAGAGAAGGGAGUGGAGGAAAUGGAAAUUGAAGUUUAAAAAGGCCGGGCCACUCUAGUAAAGAAUUUUGUACAAGAAAACGAAGAUGAAAUUAGUACAAGAAAACGAAAGAAGAAAUUUGCACAAGAAAACGAAGAAGAAAUUUGUACAAGUAAACGUAGAAGAAACUUGUACAAGAAUACGAAGAAAAUUUUUACGAGAAAUCGAAAAGAAAACGUUACUCGAACGGCUUUGUUAGCUGUGUUCACACCCCUUUUGAUGGGGAAGGCGUGAAGAUAUUGUUAGAGUGUAGAAGAGAAGUAGAGUGUUGUUUUUGAGUCACAGAUUACUAUAGAAUGGUCUCUUCAGAAGAUGUAGUGAUCGAUUCUCUUUAGAAGGUAUAGGGAUUGAUCUUACAAAAUCGAUUAUUUUAACCUCGAAAACUAUAUAAAACACGUGAUGACAUUUAUUGUUGUCAAGAAAAUCUAUUUAAACUUAUUGUAAAUAGCAUCAAAUUUGACCAUCACCACUAGCCUCGGUGAUAUUGCGACGCUAAAGACACAUUAUCAGCACGAGAACCUGUUCCACGACUAGGACCACAUUGCUGGCUAAUUUCACUUUUCAUCCGCACCGAGGUCUUCGUAAAAAUCAAAUUAGUGAUUCCCAUCGAGUGUUAGAGGGGGCUUAUAUUUGAUUCAAUGGGAGAGUCAUUGGUACCCAGGCUCCCAACAAUCCCUUCUCCCUCGUUGCGGGUUAAAUUGUAAUCAGUCAAUAGCGAAUUAACAUUAUAUCUAAGAGUUAUAAGAUAUUUUAUUAUGACUUAAAAGUAUAUACGAGUCACGAUAAGUCGAUUGUUAUUCAGAUGGAUGUAGAAUGGAUUGAAUUUAGACGAUUCUUUCAUGAUUCACGCAGGCUGGAUUCACGUGCUUCUAUUUGAAUUCCGUAUGAAAUUGAGACAGGGCACCGCCUUUUCUAACUUGAUGAGGAAAUAAGCAUGAUGAAUUAUGGACAGGAUGAGGGUUCCCUCGCUCAUACUGUAUCACAAUCACAGGGAACUCACCUAUACGGUUUGAGCUGGGUGGUAAAGGGGGGUAUGGAUCACGUUUCGCGGACCGGGCAAAAUGGCUAUGUCACGUCGUUUCACGGACCGAAAAAUGGCCUUUUAAAUCGUCAAAUCACGUUUCACGGUCGUCGAAAGGGACGAUUUCACGUUUCUCGACAGUGAAAAAUGACAAAAUCUCGUUUCACGAAAAUACCCUUUACCACCAUGUUUGAGUUUAGUUUGGAGUUCAGUUUGCAUGUCUCUGUGGUUUCCAAGCCUGACGCUGGGGUGCUCUCCCAUUGGCCAGGAAGCCCAGCAUUUUUCACGUGUCACUGCACAGUAACAAAUAAACUUUAUUGAAACCGUAAAGGUGAGCUCCCUGUGGAAUAACUAAUUUAUUUAAUCGAAUACAUCACCUUUAUAACGACUAGGUCCAAGGACCUAUAGAGUCAUUGAAGAAAUGGAUAUUAACGUAUGUGUAUAACACGUCAAAUUGAAUAAAUACUUUCAUUGUA